GAUUACCCAUCAUGCCCCGCGGGUAAAGAUGGCGACAGCUAGGGAGAGCAGCGGAUCAACUUUAUCCUAACGACUCUGAGUGGAUUUGUUUCACGUCGGCCGGAGCCUCCCAGCGGCUGUAUUAGCUCCCGCACUCUGCUGCGGACUCUCUGUUCGGUUCUCCUCCAGCCGAACCACUCCUGUUUCCCAUUGUCGGAUCGUUUUAGACUCCCUCCCUUCCUACCUCCUCGCCCCUCGCCGCCGGAGGAAGAGAGCGGAGCCCCGACUAAAGUUUCCUGUGCUCUUCGUUGAGGCCGGGAACGAGCCGGGCCGAGAGGAACCACCCGUCUCACAGGCUGCUGGAACAGGAAGGAGCUGGACUGUCAGGCAGACAGAUGACAGAGGCAGCAGAGAGAAUGAAGGCUUUUCUUUGCUGAUGUCCAGGCGUUCUUGUGGAUGAAGUCAGAUCUGGAGCAGCUCACAGUUCAGGACUGACCGACCGGAGGAAGGAAGGAGGAAGAUGGCGAGCGCAACCUCAGCUCGGAAGCCAUACCGGAAGGCUCCACCUCAGCAUAGAGAAACCCGCCACUCCCUGCCUGCUGCUGCACCUCCGCCUGCACCACUGCCUGACAUCAACCAGGAGGCCUUAUCAGACGCUGAGAGGAUCAGAAUUCUUCAGCAGCAGAAUGAGGACCUGCAACGCCGCCUUUCUCUCUCCAACCACAGGAUGGAGGGCAUGGAGGCAGAGUUUGAUGGCAGCAGGCGCUACAUGGAGGCGGAGCUCAGCCGUACAAGAGACGACCUGGACAAGAUGAGGGACAAGUUCCGAAGACUCCAGAACAGCUACACAGCUUCUCAAAGAGCCAAUCAGGACUUGGAGGAAAAGCUUCAUGCCCUGCUGCGCAAAGUGGAGCGGGACAAAAGGACGAUGGACCAGGAGAUUGUGGAGCUCACCAACAAAUUGCUGGAUGCCAAGAAUACCAUCGACCGCCUGGAGGAGCUCAGUGAGCGAUACAGGCAGGAUUGUAAUCUGGCUGUUCAGCUGCUCAAAUGCAACAAGUCACAUUUCAGAAAUCACAAGUUCGCUGAUCUGCCCUACGAGCUACAGGACAUGCUGAACAAGCACAUGAAGAGCAGCCUGCCAGAUCGGGGCCUCGGGUCUCAGGACCCCGACACUCUCAGCCUGACCCCUGCUGAUGUAGUUCCCACCUCUGUCAUCGCCCGGGUCCUGGAGAAACCUGAGCCUCUGGUCCUGAAUUCAGCUCAGUCCAGCAGCUGUGGCCGUCCUGUCGCAGAGGAUGUCUUUGUGCACGUGGACAUGACGAGCCCUGCAGGGAGUGAAGGCCAGGAAAACGGCGGCCAGGAGCCAUCGCAGCAGAAUGGGUCCUGUCGCAGCCAGGGUAGCCUAGAAGAGGAGGCGACAGGGGCCCCAUCCUUUGAAAAGCUGAACCCAUACCCAACGCCGCCGCCUCCACACCCCCUGUAUCCUGGCCGCAAGGUAAUUGAGUUCCCAUCAGACGACAAAGUGAAGAUCCCCAAAAACUCGCCCCUGCCCAACUGCACCUACGCCACACGACAGGCCAUCUCACUCAGCCUGGUCCAAAGUGACGAUGAGCGGCUGACCCCUGGCAGCCCUGCACCAUCCUCUUCCUCUGGCAGGGGGGCUGGGGCCCACCAGUGCACCCCGCCCUCACAGCGAGACACCACCAGUGAGCUGCAGUCCAGCCAGUCCAGCCCGUUCAGCAGCCCUCCACAGGCCCCCAGCAUCCUGGCCAGCUCUGGCAGCUCUGAGGAAGACCUCUUGGUAAACUGGCAGCGAAUGUUUGUGGAGAAGACGCCGCCAAUGUGCGAAAGCUCAUUGGUCAACCGGACCUCCUUUAGCAGUCAGACAGCUCACGAGCUGCAGAGGAGGAGGCAGGUUGAUGGACCCGGAGCCCUCGCCUCCUCAAUUGACCGCCACCACACUGCUAACUCAGAUGGUGAGGAGGGUUCAUCGGCGAGAAGCUGGACGCCAAGCCGUGGUUCCAGCCUCGACACCGACACAGAUACAGAGCCGCGGUCCAGCAGGAGAGGGCACUACAGGCGAGACAGUUCUGCAGGGGAGGGGGAGCAGCUACUUAUGGACAUGGAGGAUGGCAGAGACAGUGGGAAGACUGUGGUCACGAAGGCAACCACCCCCAUGAACACCCACAGGAACGAGUUUGAGGACGAGAGUUCUGCAGAGGAGAGAGAUGUCCUCCCUCACGACCUGCCCGUCAUCUCGCCCCGCCUUCUGGACCUAGACCCCACCCUCUCUACUGCCCCCCUGCAGCGCCCUCAGAGGAGCCCGAAGAGGAUGGGGGUCCACCAUCUGCACCGCAAAGACAGCCUGACUCGAGCCCAGGAGCAGGGCACCCUAUUGGAUUGAUCCCAUCCCCCCAGCCCACACUGUGCUGUUCCCAUGGCAACUGACCAACCAUCACAGAGGUCAGAGGUUGCACUCGUCCAGGAUAUAGCCAUACUCUAUCUAGCUUGUGUGUUAGUGUGCGUAUGUGUGUGGGAUACGUCCACAUUCUUACCACAGCGAUGACCACAGGGCCAGAGGAUGUAGACAGCUCGACCGGCUCCAUCAGUAAAUCAGCUGAUCAUCACGAGUAUCACACACACAUUUCUAAUUUAAAUCACUGAACACAGUGAUUGUAUGGCCACAAGUUUAUGGACACAUUUUAUACUAACAAAAUAGGAAACAAUCUCCACCAGAAUUAAAACAUUUGACACAUUUACACUAAAGUGCUCACUACAAAUCUGUACAGACUUUGUGUGGAGGUGAUGAUACAACUUUUAUUGACUUCUACAUACAUCACAAACAACGUGUCCGUAACUAUGUAGACAGCUGAUUUAGAAGUGGCUGUCAAAAAUCGGUAGAACAAUAAUGACAAUAAUUCAAAUAGCGUAUCAAUUUAUUGUGUGUGUGCGUGCCUGUGUCUCAAACCAAACAAAAGAAUUUAAAACAGACUAGAACACUGGAUGUAUUUGCCUUGGGUCCUGACCAAGAGGUUUUAUUUUGAAGAUAGAAGUGCCUAUCGCACCCUCUUCAUCUUGGGAAGGUAGUUGGGAAGUCUGAUGCCAGAUCCUUUGCAGAUUGGGCUUGUAUUUUGAGUGUUUUUAUGAACUCCUACUCCCACCACUAGCCUGACUCCCUGCAGAAGUGGAGCGUCUGCUUCAGGGUUUUGUUUUUAAAAGGACAUCUUUCUUCUUGGGUUUGAUCUGAACGUUGUUGAUUAGUUUGUGGUAAUGUUUUUACACUAAUGGUUCCAUGGAGACCUGGUGGUGCUAAAAACACAGCACUGUAAGUCAAGAUAUUCUCACUACUUCAGAAAGCACUCACUCAAAAUAACAUUCACAUUUCAUGUGGCUCAAUUAGUUCAGAUAAAAGAAUAUAUUACAUUAACAUAUCUAAAUGAAUUAAGUCCAGGAAUUCCUGUUGGUUUCAUUUUGUUCUUUGCUCAGUUAAAACUGGAAAAUGACCAUGGGUAAAGCUGAUGUUUGUUUGUUUGUUUAUUUGUUUCACAAAGUUUUUUUUGUAAAUUUGUCAACAUUUUAUAGUUUAUUUUAAAUGCAGUCCUAAUUUGGAACCACUGAUUUUAGUUUCAUUUGAAUAUUUGUGACACCGUCAAGUCUCUCUACUCAGCGCAGACCAAUGAUUUGACUUAGCAUUUUACAGCUAUUUAACAGAGUCUCAACAGUUUUAUUUCACAGGAGGUAAUCAAUAUAAAACAGUGCUGAGUUUGUAUUAAUUAUUCAGUCUGGUCUGUGUCCAUCACUCAGAAUCAGGGACAUUUUAUGGUCAUGUUCUUGUUUUGAUUUUCAUAAAUCCUCAUAAUUCUAAUGAAAAAUAGUAGACAAGGCUGUAGGCGAGUGCCAAUCGCAGAUGAAUGCUGGAUGUAGGAUUCUUGCUGGUGCAUGGUGGCUGAUAUUGAUGUGGAGCCUGGCAGAGUGCAGGCUGGGACACAGAAAAAUGAACAGAUGACGUCAGUGUCUCUUUAACUUCAGACUUUAUUGAUCCUGGCUCAUAACAUCUUUACUAACCCUGCACGUACCUGAACCGAACCAACAGCAGGAUAAAUAAAACAUGGAAAUCUGACCCUUUACCUGCAACUGAAUUAUUAAAUAGUUAUUUAAUGUGAUUCUUCCAUUAUUAUCAGACGAGAGUCUGAUGUUAAAUUAUUCAGACUUUAGUAAGGAGACAUGCAUUCCAAGACUUUAAAUGUAUCACUAAGUGUAACAGUGAGUGUAGGAAUAUGUCUGUUUCAUAUUUGAGUGUGUGUGCACAGCGACCAUGAUAAGGUUUUUUUCAUGAGCUGUUUAAUUUUUAAUGAUCUUUCCUCAUGAAGAGGUUUAGACACGUUCAGGUUUCACACUGGAUCAAAGUUCAGCAAUGUCGUUUGUGUCAUCUAUUUCUUUCUUCAGCAGCAGUUUAACAUUCGAUAUGUAGGUUGUUUCUGAUCCUGUAUCAAACACGAGGAAACGGAAGAUUAGAAAGAAAACCAUCUUAACUUUUUUUCUGAAGGAGCUGAAUUUCCCUUAUGCUUUUUGGAUUUGCAUAUAUUUGCUAUAUUCCCAUAUAGAUGUGACCAUUUAACUCAUGAGCAGAACCAGUGGUGCUGUGGACCAAGUAUUAUCAGUCUGUAUGCGUGAUUAUGAUCAGUGGGCUGAUCCAAUUUAUUUCUUCAGCAGUUGAAGGCGCUGCUACCACCAUGUCCAUGACAAAGCAUGAACUGACCUGAGGCUCCAUGAGCAGCUGACUAAACCCAGCUUCAUAUAUGUCAGUGUCCACAUUCUUUGUUCCACCUGCAGCCACUUUCACAUCUGUAGCGAUUUGACUGUUCUGCUUGAAAGCAUUCAAAUUCAUAACAUGUACAGGGUCAACAUCCAAUAAUAAUAAUAAUAAUAAAUUACAGUGGUACUUUUAUGUGUGAUACAGAGCUACGGGAUGCUGUAAAACCCAGUCCCUGCCUGCACCUCUGUUGCCUCUUUAAGCUAAUUACUAGCUACUUACUAGCUAGUAAUUCAACACAACACCAUGUGUUGAAAUUAUUUGAGUUGAAAACAAUAAAAGUGCAUUUUUCAGUUAUUUCAUGAAUACGAAAAGGCUACACUGAGUCGAGGACAUGCUAAACUCAUCAUGAAACAUACUUUCUAUACUAUACAUAUAUUUAGUGCCCAUACUAUAAAGAUCUUAAAUCUUGAAGACAAUCCUCAGUAAUUUAGUUGAUCUGCUCUGUCAGUAAAUUCUGUGUGAGAAUCUCAGCUCUAUUCCAUUUCCUGUGUCCCAGCACGUACACAAAUUUUUGUCUUAACGUGAUUAGUUUGCUCUCAAAUCUAAUUUUAGUGCACUUUACUGCCAACAAAAACGUCAGUAAAUCAAAAGAUUUGAUUUUUUUUCUUUUAGCUGGAGAAUCAUAACAUGACAUGUUAUCAGACACAUGACAGGGGGUGUUAGUCGUGAUCGCGAGCCAGUGGAUAGAGGGCGCAAUUUAUGAUCUCACCUGGGGUGCCAACUUGGCAACCGGCUGCAUGAAACUCAGCCUGUUGCUGGUUUUUGACUUCACCUUCUGACAGCAUUGUUCUUUAUCAUCUUGUAAUUUUCUUGUGACCAGGUGUAGACGGUGCCGUUAGAAGCUGACAUUUCUUUUUGAGCAUAACCCCAAUAACCGUGUUGUUUGUCAGGGCCUUGAGGGUGUGAAUACCUUACACUUUCAAACGCAUGGCUAACGUGCUGUUUGUAAGAUCUGUAAUAAAAAAACAGUUGCUAGUUUGUAUUUUGAUUGGGUGAAAUUUAGUCUCCAUUUCGUCUAACAGUGGGGAAAACACACGUUAGCCUUAAUGUGAGCCAUUCAAAGCUCUUAGCCGCAAAUGUAGCAUGCUAACCAAUACUAAAAGUAAUGAGUAACAGUUGGUCACUUCAAAAUCCGUAAAUGAAAAUCCAAGCAGUUACAUUUAAAAUUAAUUAGCAACAAAGGUCUUUGUCCAUUAGUAACGCUCAACAUAAACAGUGUUAGCUAUUCUUUUUUUGAAAUGCAAAAACAGUAAUUCUCAUUGUAUUGUGUGGCGAACUAGUCUAUGUGCUAACUGAACAGUGCUGGAUACCUGGCUAACAAGCUACGAUUGGCGAUUAGCAGGGUGGUUCUACGUGACCGGAGGACAGCUCGAUUGGUUUAGGACACGAGUGUCCAUCUCCUGCUAGUUUUAUAACUCUCCCUGCUAUAAUUACCUGGUUUAGGUGUGUCAGUUAGCUACUGAAUGACUAAACACUCCUGGUCAAAGUGACCAGUAUUAGCUGGUGCAGGGAGAGUUGGAGAACCAGCAGGAUAGAGGACUGAGUUUAGACACCCCUGGUUCAGAAGAUGUAAUCACAUGAUGUCUGGGGUCCAGUAACAAACUUAACUCAAAUCAGAAGAAAGUGUUUAGAAGUUGUUGUUGUGACAUUCAGGGGAUUGUUGUCCCGCCUCCAUCUACAGGUGCUGUCACGUGACCACUGAGCCCAGCCAGGUGCUUUAUGUUCACCUGAACUCAUCCUCCAAAAGAGACUGUUAGAACAAUACUAAUGACUUUAUUUUCUGAAUUUGUAAACCAAUGUAUAUUUUAAAACAAAUAAAAUAUUUUAAACUCA